AUGCCUGGUCUUGUAUCACAAGCUACUCAAAGACCACCGUCAACCCCGUUGAACGUCAAAGUUGAAUUUGAAGAAGAUCAAUUGGGACCUGUGUCUUAUGUUAAGAUAACAAAUGAUUUAAAGAAUGAAUUAUUCGCCACAAAAUAUUUAUCAAUUAAAUUAAUAGGAUCAGAUUUAUUUUCAAAUUCAAUCAUUUAUGAAGUUGAUGAUGAACCAAUUGAAGGUUCUGGAACUAUAAAAAUUGUUGAUUCUUCAAGAUUUAAAGAUAUUUCAAAUUUAACUAUUGAACAAGCUUUUAUCUCUACAAUUGAACCAAUAUCAAUUCAAAGAGCAAUUAUAUCAUUCCCAGAUGAAAUUUAUCAAUUAUUGAAAGGGUUUUCUGGUGAAACUUUAUUGAAUUUCCUAAAGGAAAAAUUACAAUUAAAUAUUAUUCGUGAAGGUGAUUCAUUAUUAACAAAAGGUGAAGUAUUAUUAUGUGAACCGAUUGAUCAAGGUAAAAUUGAUGAAAAUACCACUAUAACAUUGAUUAAAGAUGCUGUUAAGACUAAAGAGGAAGAAGAAGAUGUUAAUGAUUUAAGCACGUUGGAUAUAUCAACAUAUUUAUCUAUUUCCAAAUCAAAACCUCAACAACAUGAAUAUAACGUUAGGGCUUUGGAUCAUAAAGUUAUACAUACUAUCCCUUCACCAAAUCUUAAAGAUGAUAUACAUGGAUUAGCUUUCUUGAAAGCAAAUGAUUUAGCUAAAAUUGGUGUUCAUAGUGGUGAUUUUAUUGAAAUUGAAAUUAAUAAUUCAAUAAAAUUAUUGAAAAUUUUAACAUUUAUUGAACCAAACUCUUAUCCAAAUAAUACUAUAUAUUUUUCACCAAUUUUCUUAAUAAAUAAUCCAACAAUAGGUGAAAAAAUUAUUAUCAGAAAAACUGAAAAAAAAUUAUCUGAUGUUUCAUUAACUGAAAAAGUUGAAUUAGAAGCUUUAUCAUCACCAAUAACUUUGAAUAGGAUUUAUACUUCAUUUAUUCAAGCUGAAUUAACUACAUAUUUCAAAUCUGUUUCAAGAUUUGUUUCAAUCGGUGAUUUGAUUCCAAUUCCAAUUGAUACAGUAUUAGCUGAAUCACUUUCUGAAAUAGAUUUAAAUAAUGAAAUCAUUUUACCAACUGGGGAGCCGGACUCUGUUGCUUGGUAUAGAGUUUCUUCAAUUAAUGAUUCAAUUGAACAAGAUUCCAAACAAUAUCUCUUGGAUAGUUCAAAUACUGAAUUAGGUAUUAAAGGUACAAAUUCUCAAAUUUUACCACCAUCAAAUACUACAGAUUUAAACUGGUUAAAAUUUUUAGGAUUAAACUCAACAUUUGAUUUCAUAAAUAGUGAUGAAAAAACUUUCACAUAUGCUAAAAAAUUAUCAAAAUUAAUUAAAACUUCAUUAACAAAUCCAAAUUUAAGAACUACAGCUUUAAUAAGUUCAUUAAAUCGUAAUGUUGGUAAAUCAUUUAUUGUGGAAAAUUUAGCAUUACAAUUAGGUAUCCCAUUAGCAAUUAUUGAUGGAUAUGAUGUUUUAAAUCCAGGUUCUGAAUUGAAAACUAUUGGUACAUUACAAGGUAAAUUAAAUAAAUAUGUUGAUAAUUGCAAGUCAGUUAUUAUAUUUAUUAAACAUAUUGAAGCUUUAAAUUUUAAGAAAGAUCAACAAGAUUUAAAACCAAGUCCUGCCACUACGGGUAUUACAAAAUUAAUCAAUGAAUACACUUCAAAAGGUGUUGUAUUUAUAGCUUCAACAAAUGAUGCUGAUAGUCUUGCAGAUGAAAUUAGAUCAAGUUUUAGAUUUGAAAUUGAAGUCCCAGUGCCAUCAGAAGAAGAACGUAAACAAAUUUUCCAAUAUUUAUUUAAAUUAAACCAUAAUUAUAAUUUAAGAAAUGAUGUUUCAAUAAAUUCUUUAGCUUUACAAAGUGCAGGUUUAACACCAAGAGAUUUAAUUUCAAUUUUUGAAUGUGCUAAAAAUUUGGGGUUUGAUAGAUUAGAUGAAUUAUCACAAAAUUCUCAAAUCGAUAUAAAUCAUUUGAUUAAUCAUAAUCCAAUUAAAUUAAUACCCCAAGAUUUUGAAAAAGCUAUAAAUGAUGCAAGAAAUAAAUUUAGUGAUUCAAUUGGUGCACCAAGAAUUCCAAAUGUUACAUGGGAUGAUAUUGGUGGAUUAGAUAUGGUUAAAGGUGAAAUUUUGGAUACUAUAGAUAUGCCAUUAAAACAUCCAGAAUUAUUUAGUAAUGGAGUUAAAAAAAGAAGUGGUAUUUUAUUUUAUGGUCCACCAGGUACAGGUAAAACAUUAUUAGCUAAAGCAAUUGCAACAAAUUUUUCAUUAAAUUUUUUCAGUGUUAAAGGUCCAGAAUUAUUAAAUAUGUAUAUUGGUGAAUCUGAAGCAAAUGUUCGUAAAGUUUUCCAAAGAGCAAGAGAUGCAAAACCAUGUGUUGUGUUUUUCGAUGAAUUAGAUUCAGUUGCACCUAAAAGAGGUAAUCAAGGUGAUUCUGGUGGUGUUAUGGAUAGAAUUGUUUCUCAAUUAUUAGCAGAAUUAGAUGGUAUGAGUGGUGGUGAUAGUGGUGACGGAGUUUUCGUUGUUGGUGCUACAAAUAGACCUGAUUUAUUGGAUGAAGCCUUGUUGAGACCUGGUAGAUUUGAUAAAAUGUUAUAUUUAGGUGUUUCUGAUACACAUGAAAAGCAAGAAAAAAUUUUAGAAGCAUUAACAAGAAAAUUUAAAAUGGAUACAAAAAUUUCAUUGAAAUCUAUAGCUGAAAGUUGUCCAUUUAAUUUCACAGGUGCAGAUUUUUAUGCCUUAGGUUCAGAUGCAAUGUUAAAUGCAAUGACAAGAGUUGCAAAUGAUGUUGAUAAUAAAAUUGCAACGUAUAAUCUUGAUAAGAAAGAUCCAGUGUCAACAAGAUGGUGGUUUGAUAAUGUUGCAACUCAAGAUGAUAUUACUGUUCUUGUUAAUGAAGUUGAUUUUGAUAAGGCAAGACGUGAAUUAACUCCAAGUGUUUCAGCAGAUGAAUUAGCUCAUUAUAGUAGAGUUCGUGAAAAUUUCGAAGGUGGUAAAACUUCAAAAUGA